AUGAAGGCCGAUGGUACAUGGGGCGAUCACGUGAUUCUCCAUGGUGCGGCAAACUGCUUUGAUACCUGCAUUCACGUGAUCAGCAGUCAUCAUCGUGAUGUACUGAUUAACCCACAACGUGAAGGUGUCGACCGUGACCGGCUUGUACUGGGACACUUAUGUGAGCUUCACUAUGUUAGCCUUAUUCCACGCAAAUCACCUGAAGGUAAUUCACCUCUUGCCUUGUAAUGUUAGAUUUAAAAAGACACUUUAACAAAUAGAAGUUGUUGUCGGUUCUGAAGUGGCAGUAUGUUAUGUCAAAUUUUUGCCGCCUGUUGGAAGUCUUGGUUGUAGUGCCACGUGUCACUUGUAAAAAUGAUGACAUUCAUUUAUUUAGUAACAACCUGUGCAGAAGGAACAUCUGUACAGCGUUCCGAGCCCUUUUGUUAAAACUUAUGAUUUUAUUUUCGUCAACAAGGCCAUAAAUAGAACANGGCUUGUACUGGGACACUUAUGUGAGCUUCACUAUGUUAGCCUUAUUCCACGCAAAUCACCUGAAGGUAAUUCACCUCUUGCCUUGUAAUGUUAGAUUUAAAAAGACACUUUAACAAAUAGAAGUUGUUGUCGGUUCUGAAGUGGCAGUAUGUUAUGUCAAAUUUUUGCCGCCUGUUGGAAGUCUUGGUUGUAGUGCCACGUGUCACUUGUAAAAAUGAUGACAUUCAUUUAUUUAGUAACAACCUGUGCAGAAGGAACAUCUGUACAGCGUUCCGAGCCCUUUUGUUAAAACUUAUGAUUUUAUUUUCGUCAACAAGGCCAUAAAUAGAACAGAAGUAAAUCUGUCAAGCAAACUAGAAAAACUUGGUUUUCCCAUUGUCACACUUUGUUUUCUCCGUUCAAAAAAAUCGCAGUCUUAUAUUAUCAGCUUUAAAAACUCUCGGCCUCGCCUCGAAUUUUUAUCCUGAUAAUAUAAGACUGCGAGUUUUUUCAACGGCUUCAAAAUCUCUGAUAUAGAUCAACUCAUUCUUACACUAAUAUUUAGAUUUGGGGUUAUUUUGGUUUAAAAAAUUUAGACACUCAUUAAACAUUUAUUUCUUUUGUUUUUUUUCUUAUGAAUUAUUAAUCGAGUUUUGAAUUUCAUCUCACGACAUAUUAAAGCAAACGACUUAUAAAAAACAACUCAAGGUUUUUAAUACAUUAUUACAUUUUAGACGUAUGUACAGUAAAGCGCCAGAAACGCAGAUUAGAAACGGACGAAGAUGAUGCCCAUUUGGAUUGGGGUAAGGAUAAAAUAAUGAUUUUUGCUAUCAGAGAGGUAGAUUUGCUACAAGUUGACUCUCAUAAGUUCUUAAAAGUGAGCGAAGCGAGGUUCAAUGCAUGAGGUCGCGCAGCGACCGAGCGAGCGACGAAGUCCUGAACGCCCCGCAGCAGCCACGCUCAGAGGACCACGUUUCACUCGUGAAAGAUGACCCCCACGUUCGUAAAUAACAAUUGAAGUCAGUGAGAUACGGAUCUGACAUGAAGAACCACUGAAAAAACUGUAAUUGCUGCAAUUUCGCGUCCAUAGACCUAUUCGGCUAACUCAGUGUUGUACCCAAUUCAAACCCUUUGGGAAUAAAACGUUUUGUUUCAGGAAUUUUCAUAUCAUUUAAAUGAGAAUGCCACAUUAUAAUGCAAAUACAAGACACAACGAAUUUUAACCCCAAGAGAUUUGAAUUGGGUACAACAUUGAGUUAGACCCUGUUUACAUGGAGUGGGGGACCCCGGUCUAGUGGGGUAGGUUUCUUUUGUUUCGUGUCCCCCAGAGCGUGAAGAAAAAGCGCAAAAGAAACCAACCCCACUAGACCGGGGUCCCCCACUCCAUGUAAACAGACCCUUAGCCGAAUAGGUCUAUUGUACGGUGUCGUGUGAAUUCCAGUGUUAAUAGCAAACGUCUGUUAUUUUUUGUUAACUAAAGGUGGAGAGAAAAACAAGAAACACAAAUCAGGCAAGAAGUAGAUGUUAGCAGUGAGACAGAUACAGAAUGGUACCCAGUAAAAACGGCGGAGAUUAAAAGAAGUAAAUAGUUUUAUAUUUUUCUAAAGACUUACGCAUAAAUUAAUAUUCACAUUUGACAUGGUCGAAAAAGUUUUUUUUGUGUGUGGGUGUUUGCAUUUUCCCACAUUGCCAGUGUGAAACGGUAAAAAACAAAACUUUUUUUUACAGUGAAUUAAUAAUAAUGGUAAUGACGUGUAUUAUUGGGAUGUUUCUUAGCAAACUGUAAAUUAAAGUUUUUUAGCAAAAUGUAAUGAUAAAAUAGAUGUUCACGGCAUAUAAUUUACUGGAGAAGCAACAUUUACGAUAGUAAUGUCACUAUUUUUAGUUGAAUUAUAGCAACUAAAGUUUUUUUUAACAAAUUUAUCCUGUAUCAGGAUGUUCAUUACGAAUCUUUGUAUAUAUUUAUUUGCUCUUAAUUGGGAUGUUUCUUAUUAGACUGUAGAGCUUUUAGCCAAAUAUUUAUUUAAAAAUGAAAGCUGUAAAAAUUUAUUCGAAAAGUGACAUUCAUGUUAGUUUAGGGUGUUUCUGAUCAACCUGUAAAUAUUUUUAGUUGAAUUAUAGUCUUUAGUUUGAACUUUUUAUAUGGGAUCUAUCCUGUAUCAGGAUGUUCAGUCAUCACCAAUCUCUACAUACAUGUAUAUUUAUUUCGUCAUUGGGAUAUUUCCUGUCAAACUGAAGCGUUUUUAGCUCAGAAUUGUAAAAACAAUAUUCCUUCAGAAUUUAUUGGAACCGUUUGGCUUUAUGGAAACUGCCUGUAUCAAGUUGUUUCUCGCCAGUCUCUGUAUAUUUUUCAGUUUAAAAUACUGUUGAUUUGAAUUUGCUAGAGUUCUUUUCUGUCAGGCGAAGUUCCUGAUCAGCCACGAUAAAAAUUUAUCUUAUUUCCUAAAUGUCAUUCAUGUCUCAGUGAAUGAACGUUACUUUCCAAUCUGACAAAAUAUCUUCCGUUUAAUGAUGUUCCAUAAGAAUUUAUCCAUAAGGAAUAGCUAUGAUAAUUGUCUUUCUCUCGAUGUCCAUUAGACCCCAUCCACAUGUAUGCGGAUAUUUUUGAAUCCGCAACUUUUUCUUUCCGCAGACGGCUUUCGUCCACUCGUAUCCGGCGUAUCCGGCAGAGGAAUCCGCAACUUUUUGCAUCCGCUCUCCAGAGUGGAAAUUUUUUAAUCCACUUUAAAUCUGUAUCCGGAAACGGUUAUUAGUCACUGCUAAUGAACAGCACGUGCAACAAUUUUACCAACUGGAUCUGAAUCCAGACAGCAAACUUAAUUUUUUGGAAGAAAAUCAAACAUACAUACAGGCAGGUAUAAUCUCUCUAAGUCCACUAAAAAAGUUAACAUUGGUAGUGAGUUGAAAUGGAAGUAUUAUGAAUACAUCACUAGAUAUAUACAGAUAUAUAUGCAUAAGGCGUCUGAACGGGCUCAGACCCUGAUACGAAUAAAUAAAGGUCUCUCUCUCUUUCACAAAACACGCUGACGAUUGUUAUAACCCACUGCUAAUGAACACUGCAACAAAUUUAUCUAAGAACCUGCAUGGGAAUCAAGAGGGCCACCUUAAUUUUUUUAAUAAUAUGUAAACAGAGAGGUAUGAAUAAUCACAUCUGCAUCACUAACAUCAAAGCUAACACUGGUGAUAAAUUUUAAUCGUAGCAUUAUGAAUACACACCACUUCAUAAUGAAGUAAUUACGUACUAUUCGUAACUUAUGAUUAUCGUAUUGUCAAUCAUAAUUUGCUCGCCAGGUGACGGAAGUUGCAUUUUUGUUCAAAGUGAGAAACUUAAUCCUCAUAGGGGAGCGAGAUUAUGAACGAUCAGAGUAAUGUUACUAAAAUCACUCUUAACUGCUAUUGGUCACUCCUAAUGAACAGUAAACUACCAACGUCACCCUCUGGGUCUUCUCGAUGUCAAUAUGGUGACGGUAGGUGAGAAGACCCGCGCACACAGCCAAACUCAAACAAUCGCCGAUUGGUUCCCUCUAAAUUUUAAGUUUCAUUCUUACAUGGACGUCGAUUGGUCGACACCUCUCUUCAGAGUUCUUUUUCGACAGUUGCGCGCCAAAUAAAUUGCAAAUUGCAAUCCCUGAACGCAUGAAACUCAAACUAGUGUGUCCCUCAAUGUACUUUGAAACCAGUUCCAAACCGCUGCCAUUUGGGUGUUCAGUGGUGAAAGCUUCGAGAACAACUUGCAAUGGUGAUGCCAAAAUAAAAUGAUGAUAUUGAUGCUCUAGUAAACCGAAGAGAAGUUCAAGACCUUUGAGCAGGAUGUGGUUGUUUUCUGCUGCAAAACGCCUUGUCCCCUGUUGGAUGCACAAGCACCUUUUAAACCUUUUCGAUUUGGUCGCCAUGGCUACAGUGACGAGGUACCCCACUUUGAAACUGAACGACGCAACUUAGGAUACUUGAGGUGGUCAUAA